CGUGAAAAAAAGUCAUUCAAAAAGAACUUGCGAACACGGAACGUUCUAGUCGUGACGGACAUUUUUUCGCAACGCCGGUCAACCCGCAAAAAAACUGCGUAUUUUCGUGUAAAAUUUGCAUAUUCUUCCACAUUUGCUAGCUGUUGCCACCGUAGAAACACCAAAAAAAAUCAAAGAUGGCCUGCCCGAUUGAUCCGGCGGAACUGGCAAAGUUGAAAAUUUUCGUGAACCUUUGCACUACGCAGCCGGAGCUGCUGAACCUGCCGCAGUUGGACUUCUUCAAGGCGUUCGUGGAGAAGCUCGGCGGAAAGGUUCCGGAGGGCACGCCCAGUUUUGCCGGUGCACACAAGGCCGGUCCGAAGGAGGGGGAAGAGGCGAAGAAGGCGGCGCCGGAACCAGAGGCGGACAAGAAGGAAGAUAGUGAACCGGAGUCGGAUGUUGAGCUGGACAACGAGGGUUGCGUCGAGCCGGAUAAUGAGCCGGAACAGCCGAUGGGAGAUGCGGAGAAGGAACCGAGCGAGGAGGAACUGGACCAGGCGAAUGAUUUGCGCUCGAAGGCGGCGGCCGCGUACUCGGAGCAGAAUUACGAGGAGUCUGUGAAGCUGUUCACGGAAGCGAUUCAGAUUAAUUCCCGAAGCGCCCUUUACUACGCCAAACGUGGCCAGGCUUAUCUGAAGCUGGUGAAACCGAACGCCUGCAUCCGGGACUGCAAUCGGGCGUUGGAGAUUAAUCCGGAUUCGGCCACCGCGUACAAGUUCCGUGGCCGUGCGAAUCGCCUGCUUGGCAAGUGGGAGGAAGCGGCCAAGGAUCUGCGCCAGGCGUGCAAGCUGGACUUUGACGAGGAAGCCGACGAAUGGCUGAAGGAGGUCACUCCGAACGCGAAAAAGAUUGAACAACACAAGCUGAAGCAGGAGCGACGCCGCCAGGAGAAGGAACUGCGCGAACGACAGGAACGGGUUCGCCGGGCGCAGGAAGCAAACCGAAAGGCCGCCGAGGAAUCUGCUCGCGCUGGUGGGGAUGGUGAUGAUGACUUCCUUGGGGGAGUUGGAGGUGGAGCGGAAGACAUCCUGAACGCCUUCAAGGAUCCCGAGGUGGCAGCCGCGUUGCAGGAUAUCAUGUCUAACCCGGCCAACAUCGGCAAGUACCAGAACAACCCGAAGGUGAUGAAUCUCGUUACGAAGAUCGCCGGCCAAGCUGGAGGUGGCGGUGGAUUCCCUGGCUUCGGAGGUGGCUUCCCCGGAGGAUUCCCUGGGGCCGGUGCCGGAGGAUUCCCCGGAUUCGGAGGUGGACCACCGUCCAGCGGUGGACCGAAGAACACCACCGACGAUCUGGACUAGGCGGGGACGGCGUUUGCAUGGGCAAUUGCAUUUCAGGUAGGGUUUUACGCGCUUUUUUAAAGUACCACACAACAUAAAAGAUUAUUUCCUGCGUCCGCUUGGGUUGGGCCGGCAAGGGCUGAGAGAAAGCUGUUGUUAAAAACAAUACAGAACAAAAAACAUAAAUCUUUUUCCAAUAUGUAACUACUAAACUAUUUCUUAAUAUUACCGUAUCGGUUGAAACGUAGCGUUAGUGAGAGGAUAACAACAAAUCGAAAAAUACACUUUCGGUGUGAUCUUGAAA